AUGGUAAAAAUCUCGAAACAGCCCCAAACACCCUCUGAAGAGGCAGGUCCCGGCAGCAAGCCACAUUUCCAAGCAACAUCUGACUCGCCCCAAACUCUUGACCAUGACUUUUUAUCCUCACUAACAGGAUCUCUUUCCGUUCGCGACCAGGAAAUUGCCGAGCACGGUCAGCCGCAGAAGCCUGACAAUCCUAAUCCGCCUCAGUCUGGUUCUGGAUCCCACUCAGAGAUGACCCCGGCGCGUCCUGCCCCAGCAUCCAGAGAAAGCCCCACAGACCGAUCAGGGGGGAUUCGAAGGGAACAGAUCAGAUAUCAGGUGCACAGAACUCUUGACUUGAUGAGCAUGGUCUGCUGGGGUGACCUGAAAGCAGCAGUCUCUGCCUUACGCCGUUCAUACUUGCUCGCAUUGCGUCGGAUCGAGCGUGGCGACCAAAAUACACCGCUUUUUGAUCUCAACGACCCCGACCCCGAUCCCGACCUUUCCCAUGAUAAUCACCGCUUUACCGAAGAAUAUCAGGACUGGGUGUUUCCCGUAGAAGACAACAGUGUUGUCGUACAUUUCCCGAGACGCAUUCGCCGACAUAGACGUCGUCGGGGCGAGACUAGGGUGGUUAUCAACGACCGAGCCUUCCCCGUUGGCGAGGCCAUCGUCGUUAGACUUCAUGGUCCUCGAUCAAGAUCUCGGUCGGAAACUGGGCGGUGCCGUAACCCUCGCUAUACACAAGCUCAAGGACACCGUGCUGGCCACGCCGCUCGAAGGGGACCCGCUCCUCUCCCACGAGGUCAAGGCAAUCAUCUCCGCCAGUCUCUCCACAACCUUCCUGAAGAUGACACGGUGGGAAAUGCAGCUCAUCAAACCACUGAAGACCACUCACAGACGAACACCGCCACAGUACCUCCGCCGGGAGAUAUGCCGGAUGCCUGCGAGCCCAGUUCUCGUCCCUGUAACAUAAGCUCUGGGAUUGGCCCGAAAUCACCGCACCACACAGCUCGCUAUCGCCAGGAAUGGAUCAAUUUCAUCCGACGAGAGGCGCACAACAACCCUUUUGUACUGUGA